UCAGAAGGUGUAUAAAUGGAAAAUCUGGGAUCCAGCUUCAUUGGUCAGUCCCUCAUUAAGUAAUGUGAUUAGCAGUCAGUGGGUGGAUACAACAAAUGUGACGUUAACGGCGGAGGCCAACCUAAUCUCCAAAACACACAUUUUUUCUAGUUUUCUCUCUGAUCGUUGUCUACUACUGAUAUUUUUCCCCUCUAGUUAGAGCUUAUGAUUGAUAAAUGCAUUGGGUUCUUUCACUUUUAUUGUGUGGAAAAGAGAAAGCACACAGCCAUCUGCCUCUCAGAGUAGACGGCCGUAUCUUAAUCCAGAUUAUGGCUCCACCAUAAACGUUUUUUUUUUCCCCCCCUGUCCGCCAUUUGUAGUCAACAGUGUGCCCUUGAUAACAGACAGGCAGGUCGGUUAGCCUAGCUCCAAUUAGACCACCAACAAUCCAUCUGAGGGACAUCUCUACUGGAAACUAAGGAAUUUAACCAAAGGAGUUCAAGGAAUCACAACUUGGCGUCAAGCUAGAGACUCCAAAAGGGUACAUAAUGGCGUUUUUAAUCAAAAGUAUGGUUGGGAACCCACUGAAGGGAAUGGGACUUGGAGGAGGAGAGGAAAAGGCUGAGGAGGAGACCCCCAAGGACCCUGCAGCGGCCGCCGGCAUGACUAGAGAAGAAUAUGAGGAGUACCAGAAACAGCUAGUGGAGGAAAAAAUGGAGCGAGAUGCAGAUUUCUUACACAAGAAAGCAGAGAGGGCGACUCUGAGGGUUUGUCUACGAGAAAAAUACAGACUUCCUAAAAGUGAGCAGGACGAGAACAUGCUCCAGAUGGCAGGAGAUGACGUGGACGUUCCCGAGGAGCUGCUGAAGAUGGUGGAUGAGGACGCCACAGAGGAGGAGGAGAAGGACUCCAUCCUGGGGCAGAUGCAGAACUUACAGAACAUGGACAUGGAUCAGUUAAAAGAGAAAGCCAGCGCUACACUGACAGAGAUGAAGUCCAAGGCUGAGGAGAAGUGUUCUGUCAUGUAGUGAUUUAGCAAAUUUCUUCAAACCAGGGCUGCGUUUCCCAAAAGCCUUGUAAUCCUAAAUAGACUGUAGAACCGUUGCCACAGAUGGUCUCUGCAAUCAAUGAUGCUUUUGAGAAACCCAGCCUGGGUCGCAUUUAGAAAAAAAUAAACAAAAAUUUCUUAAUUUUCCCUCUGCAUUGAUUGAUUGAUUGCUGUUUGGUUGAAGUUUCGGUGACACUUUACAAUGUUUAAUUUGUUAACAACAUUCGUUAACAUCAACUGGCAAUGAAAUUGCUUCUCCUGUUCUAUAAUCAUUGCUUUGUACCAAUGUUAGUUUUUGCUAGUCUUAUGUAACUUUACUACUUUGAGUUUGAUGAACUUAAACCAUUUAAGGCAAUCGGUUUCCUCAAACCAUUUAAGUAGCUAUAGUUGUUAAGACUUAGAUUUGUUACGUCAAUUCAAACUGAAUGAGUGGAAUGAACUUAAAAUCUUUAAACUGAGUUUACUCUAUUGAUUGACUAAACCAACACUAAAAUAUAAGUGAAUUUAACUUAAUGUAUAUGAGUUUACAAUACUCAUACUUAUUGGUUUUAAAACUUAAAUGGUUUAUGGCAGAUUCCUCAGAUGGUUUGAGUUACCUUAACUUAUCGGGUUUCUUAGUUAAUCUUAAUUCCAAUAUUUACUAAUAGGCCUACAUUUUUAAAAUCAAAAAUUGUACUGAUUAAAUUAGUUAAUGCACUGUGAACUAACAAUGAUGAACUAUUGUAUUUUUGUUAACUAACAUUAACAAAUUGUGUAAAAUAUAUAUAUAUAUAUAUAUUGCUCAUAGUGCAAUUUAUGUUAACUAAUGUUAACAAAUGAGAAAUAUUGUAAAGUGUUACCAAAGUUUCACCCAAGUUUUUAAAUCCCAAAGCUGCAACAUCUGAUUCUAGAUCAGCUUUUCGGCUUCUCUGAAUAUCAUUUGCUUGCCCCCAAUUUUGCUGACUUUAUUUCUUUUGUAUGUUUUGUUUGAAUAAAUGAUGUUGUAGUCCGUUUCUUCCUCCUUUUUUUUUUUUUUUUUUUGUGCAUAUGUUGCAAUAUUUACCUGUAAAUAUAUCUAACAAAAGUAUAAUGACUUGAACCAGAGGAGAAGCGGAGAAGCUCUGUUUAAUUCCCCCUCCUGCUUUUUUGCACAAGGGUUUGAGAUGAAUGUGAUGCUGUUAUUUCUUCUUUUCUUGACAGCUGACCAUAGCGUUGACGCAUAUGAUAUUGUAACACUCAUUAGGAUUCAUUAGGAUUAUGUAUUAACUUUUUAUGUGAGGUAAAUAGGCAUGUAUAUGAUUGAUGUCUAAUGUGUAAACGCAUGAAUAAAACAGACGAUUGAAAAAC